AUCCGAGUCACCUUCUUCUCUUCCAACGUGAUCGACUGGACCAAACCAUCAAUGUGGCUAACCAUCAUCAAUGAUUUCUUCAACCUACCCAACCCAAGAAUCUUCACCCUCUUCAUGACUAGCAGCGCCAUCACCUUCUCCUUAGGCGUUGCCAUGGUCGUCCACUGGGCUCUGUACGGCUGCCACCAUCCUAGAUUCCAUUGGCUUGUGUACUACGCUCCAUUGUUAAUUGCAUUGCCUAUCCUUAUAUGGGCCAUCUCUUUUCUCUUCGCCAUACUCAUACAUUCACCGCCGUUGCCGGGCCUCUCAUCGGAACCAAUGCAAGCGCAGAGGGAUGAUCGGGAAACAGAUGCAAAGGAAAUGGUUCAGGAGGAGGAGGAGCGCCUUGAUUUAGCCACGGUAAAAAUUGGAAUUAAUGAAGGCGAUCAUCCAUCAAUAAAAACUGAAACCCAAAUUCUGAAACGAGCUCUUUCUCUGCCUCGGCCUCGCAUUUCCGCCGAGAACAGAGAAUUCAAGCGUAGUUUGAGUUUCCAUUGUUGAUCAAUUUCAGAUUGUCUAUUUCUAAUUCCCUUUCAUUUGUAUUGAUAAUGCAUUACAAUUGAACAUUUUGCAUGCAGAGAAAUGCAAGCGGUUUUUCUCAAUCCGAGGCAUUUAGUGCCCCCUCUGGUUGGACAAGCACUCAUUGGAUGGGGGAGCACAGAAUGUAGUUGAGGAGUUUUGAGCCUGCCAUCUAGUGAGCAGGUUUUGGGUUAAGUGAGCAAUUGCUCUAUCCCCCACGUUCAAUGAGAGUAAAUUGUUUGUUUGUUUGUUUGUUUUGUUUUGUUUUUUGUUUUUGUUAUUAUUAUUUUUUAUUUUUUUGUAUUUUAAGGAUAUAAGAUGAUAAUGUAAUAAAUAUAUUUUUUAGAA